AACUUGGUCAAAAUCCCUUCUCCUUCCCUCUCUCUCUCACCACAGAUUUCAUUUCAAUUCAAUUUUCACCCCAUUUUCUUCUCUCUUCUCCACUUCCCAUCCUCUCUUCUUCUUCUACCUUCCCUCCCUCUCUCUGCUCUAUAAUUAAUACUCCAUUCUCAAUCCUCUCUUAUUGGCAACACCCACCUUCCCUCUUCUUCAUCUUCUCUACAAUAAAUUCGCUCUCCCCUGUUUUUCCUCUCUCUCAGACUUUUCGUCGAACAGUUAACAGACAAACGAGUCAGGUACUUGUGUAAACCUGCUGUUGACGUCUCUCUCCACGAACCCAAUUUCAAACAAGAGAAGAGGAACAGAACCCAUUUCUCCGAUUUGAAAAAGAGAAAGGAACACACCAUGGGAAGGUCUCCUUGUUGCGAGAAGGCUCACACCAACAAAGGCGCCUGGACGAAAGAAGAAGACCAGCGCCUCGUUGAUUACAUCCGCACUCAUGGCGAAGGCUGCUGGCGCUCCCUCCCCAAAUCUGCCGGGUUGCUCCGUUGUGGGAAGAGUUGCAGACUGAGGUGGAUUAAUUACCUUAGGCCUGAUCUCAAAAGAGGGAAUUUCUCUGAAGAAGAAGAUGAACUCAUCAUUAAGCUUCACAGCCUUCUUGGAAACAAAUGGUCGUUGAUUGCCGGAAGACUGCCGGGAAGAACAGAUAACGAGAUCAAGAACUACUGGAACACUCACAUCAAGCGAAAGCUCAUGAGCCGCGGGAUCGACCCGCAGACUCACCGUUCCCUCAACGAGAAACCAGCCUCCGCCGCCGUUCCCGCAACCACCACCACCGUCACCGCCGCUGCUGUUACUGCUCCGACGAAGCCUACCCAGUUGGAUUUCAAAUCGGCGCCGGCUCAAGCUCAAUCCACGGCGGAAAUAAACCGUCUCCUCCAAUCCAACACGAUGAAGGCUAGCAGUAUCCUGGAUUUCAAAUUCCAAACGGUGGUAAAAGCAGAGUCCGUCGAGGAAAACAACUGCUCCAGCAGUGGGAUGACCACCGACGAAGAACAGCCGUUUCAAAGGCCUGCCGUCGCCGCCGGAGGCGGCGAGCGGCGGGAGGAAUUGAAUUUGGAUCUUACAAUCGGACUUGCUACUCCAUCUUCUUGUUCUCGAACGACGACCCGGCCGAGUUCGGCUUCCUCCGGGAACUCUGCCGAGUCGAAGCUUCAAUUCCACCCAAAAUUUCAAUUUUCCGGCACGGCAGCUACGGCGCCGACGACGGCGGAGGCCGUCUGCUUGUGUUGGCAGUUGGGCGGCGGAGCUCGUGGGAAUUGCCACUGCCAACAUUCUUCCGGUGGGCGGCAACAGCAGCAGAUUAGAUAUCAGUAUUGCUAAUAAUAAUUUCCAGUUUCAUCCCUUAAUUUCUGUUUCUUUUCCAUUUUGGGACAGAUUUGUGUUUACUAUUUAGGUUCCUUUUUUUGUUCUUUUAACCUUUUUGGGUAAAGCUGAAUCUAAGGAGAUGGGGGAAGGGGUAAAAAAAGCUUUUCACUGGCCAAUUGUAUUUUGCCCAAAAAUGGGUAGUAGUAGUAGUACCGUAGCAGAAGUAGUUUUAGAACUUGGGUUUGAAAAUAUAAAUACAAAAUUACUAUCCAACAUUAUUAAAUGCCUUCUUCUUCUACUAUGUUCUUUCAUAUCAAUUCUCAAAGUUUGUCCAUUGGUCUUGUCUCUCACCUUCUGGUUUUCCUGUGCAUUAGUUUGG